AACAACUCCUGGUGUGGUGUGUGUGUGUGCAGCCAGUGUGCGGCAGAGCCAACAGCCUGGAGAAAGCGCUCAGCUUCAUUCGAGGUUAGAGAGGCGUGCUCGGAGACUUCUGUCCCGGGCUGCCCAGGCAGCGUGGGGAGAAGUGAAGGGGAGAUCAGUGAGUAAAAGGUGCUCCUGGCCCAGUCGGAGCCGCGUGCUGGGUCCAUUGUGCGGGCAGUGGAAGGGAGCAGCGGAGAAAUGGAAGCUGAGGGGCUCCUCUCACAUGACACUGUUCCUCCUUGUGGGAAGCCCACUCGAUUCCCAGUGGUUGGAAAGUCAGGGCGUGGGCUUUGCCGUAGGGGUCUUGCGAUGGGCAAGCUGGAAUGUCAAUUCAGUCAAGGGUGGUGGCCUCCUGGCACCUCCAAGUCAGAUAAACAGUUGCCAGUGGCCCCCAGGGUGGACACGUGAGGGCUGUACUCUCGCCUGGAGAAAGUGCUGACCUCCUCAAACCCACACCUUUGUCCCGAGGCUCAGGGAGGGGCGGGGACCAGAGGGGUCCCCAUCAGUUAAGCCCACCGCGUGGGCCCCACCGUCUGCUGGGAAGGCCCGAGCUGAUUCGCCGAGCCAGCCCAGGCCCAACAGAGACCAGGUCUGGCAGAAGGCCCCACCAAGAGUCCGCGUCAGCGUCCCCGGGCUCGCAAACCCAGGGAUGCCAGGCCGGGCCUGGCUGCGCACGCCUCCGCGUCGGGGCUCGGGCGUCUGCUGCUGCCUGCGUUUCCGGGUCUGCGGCUGAGCCUCCCUGGCGCUCUCCUCCCGCUUUGUCUCGCUGCCAGCUCCUCGCCUGCCCUCGCCAGUCUCCUGGGUCGGCCGGGCGCGCUCUGCUUUUCCGAGUGCGUCUCAAGCUUUUUACCGCGCCUCGCUCUUUGCGCACGUGUGUGGCCGCCUUCCCUCAACCCAGCCUCUUCUCGCUGGCUACUUGGCACGGCCGUCGGAUCGCGGAGAGGGCCUACCCCUGGCGCCCCCUCCCCCGCCCCAGUCUGCCGCAUCCAGAGCCUGGCGACCUCCAGGACUGAAACAUCCCGAGGUUCUGGGUUUAGCUCCCCUCAAAGCAAACCCAGAGGGGCUCGGAGUAUCUCUCACUGCACUUCUCGCGGCUCCCAGCCCUUGGCAGCACCUGGAGGGGGACUUUAUGAGACCUUUGCAGAGUUGAAGGGAACCACUUCUGCGGCCCUCCUCGCGCCGUCUGUGGCGUUCUGAGAACUACUAGACGUUUGAAGAAAAGCUGCCAUCCAAGAAGACGACAUGCUUUCAGCAACCCCCCUGUAUGGGAACGUUCACAGCUGGAUGAACAGCGAGAGGGUCCGCAUGUGUGGGAUCAGUGACGACAGGAAAAUUCCCGUUAAUGAUGGUGACGCUUCAAAGGCCAGACUGGAACUAAGGGAAGAAAAUCCCUUGAACCACAACGUGGUGGACGCAACCACGGCCCAUCGGAUCGAUGGCCUGGCAGCGCUGAGCAUGGACCGCACUGGCCUGAUCCGGGAAGGACUGCGUGUCCCCGGAAACAUCGUCUAUUCUAGCUUGUGUGGACUGGGCUCAGAGAAAGGGCGGGAGGCCGCCACAACCACUCUAGGCGGUCUGGGGUUUUCUUCCGAAAGAAACCCAGAGAUGCAGUUCAAACCGAAUACACCCGAGACAGUGGAGGCCUCCGCUGUCUCUGGAAAGCCCCCGAAUGGCUUCAGUGCUAUAUACAAAACACCACCAGGAAUACAAAAAAGUGCUGUCCCCACGGCAGAAACUCUGGGCUUAGAUAGGCCUGCCAGUGACAAACAGAGCCCGCUCAACAUCAAUGGUGCUAGUUACCUGCGGCUGCCCUGGGUCAAUCCCUACAUGGAGGGGGCCACGCCAGCCAUCUACCCUUUCCUUGACUCGCCAAAUAAGUAUUCCCUGAACAUGUACAAGGCCUUGCUACCUCAGCAGUCGUACGGCCUGGCUCAGCCGCUGUAUUCGCCAGUCUGCACCAACGGGGAGCGAUUUCUCUACCUGCCGCCACCUCACUACGUCAGUCCCCACAUCCCAUCGUCCCUGGCUUCCCCCAUGAGGCUCUCGACGCCUUCCGCCUCUCCAGCCAUCCCGCCUCUGGUCCACUGCACAGAAAAAAGCCUGCCCUGGAAGAUGGGUGUCAGUCCUGGGAACCCAGUUGAUUCUCACUCAUACCCGCACAUCCAGAACAGUAAACAGCCUAGGGUGCCCUCUGCCAAGGCAGUCACCAGUGGCCUGCCGGGCGACACGGCUCUCCUGCUGCCCCCCUCGCCUCGGCCUUCACCCCGAGUCCACCUUCCCUCCCAGCCUGCUGCGGACACCUACUCCGAAUUCCACAAGCACUAUGCCCGGAUCUCCACCUCACCCUCUGUCACCCUGUCAAAGCCAUACAUGACGGUCAGCAGUGAGUUUCCCGCGGCCAGGCUCUGCAGCAGCAAGUAUCCAAAGGCUCCAGAGGGAGCCGAAAGCGCCCAGCCAGUUCCUGGGCACACUCGGAAAACAGCGGGUCAGGACAGAAAGGAUGGCAGCUCACCUCCUCUGUUGGAGAAGCAGACGGUUACCAAAGACGUCACCGAUAAGCCACUAGACUUGUCUUCUAAAGUGGUGGAUGUAGACGCUUCCAAAGCUGACCACAUGAAGAAGAUGGCACCCACGGUCCUGGUUCACAGCAGAGCUGGAAGUGGCCUAGUGCUCUCCGGAAGUGAGAUUCCGAAAGAAACACUAUCUCCUCCAGGAAACGGCUGUGCUAUCUAUAGAUCUGAGAUCAUUAGCACGGCUCCCUCGUCCUGGGUGGUGCCUGGGCCAAGUCCUAACGAAGAGAACAAUGGCAAAGGCCUGCCGCUGAAGAACAAGGCCUUGGACUGGGCCCUCCCACAGCAGCGCAGUUCUUCGUGUCCCCGCAUGGGUGCCACCGACACCGUGGUCACUAACGUGUCUGGCUCAGUGUCCAGCGCCGGCCGCCCGGCCUCUGCAUCUCCAGCCCCAAACGCCACUGCCGAUGGCAGCAAGACCAGCAGGGCCUCUGUGGACACCACACCGUCCGUCAUCCAGCAUGUGGGCCAGCCCCCGGCCACGCCUGCCAAGCACAGCGGCAGCACCGGCAGCAAGGGCGCCAAAGCCAGCAACCCAGAGCCAAGCUUCAAAGCAAAUGAGAACGGCCUCCCACCAAGCUCAAUAUUUCUCUCUCCAAAUGAGGCGUUCAGGUCCCCACCAAUUCCCUACCCCAGGAGUUACCUCCCUUACCCAGCACCCGAGGGCAUUGCCAUAAGUCCCCUCUCUUUGCAUGGCAAAGGCCCCGUCUACCCUCACCCGGUGUUGUUGCCCAGCGGCAGUCUCUUUCCUGGGCACCUCGCCCCAAAGCCUGGACUGCCCUACGGGCUGCCCACAGGCCGGCCAGAGUUCAUGACCUACCAGGACGCGCUGGGGUUGGGCAUGGUGCAUCCCAUGUUGAUACCUCACACACCCAUCGAGAUCACUAAAGAGGAGAAAGCGGAGAGGAGGUCCCGGUCCCAUGAGAGGGCCCGCUACGAGGACCCGAGCCUCCGAAACCGGUUUUCCGAGGUACUCGAAGCUAGUGGCACCAAGCUACAUCCAGAAGUCCCCACGGACAAGAACCUCAAGCCCAGCCCUAGCUGGAAUCAAGGGAAGACCGUCGUCAAGAGUGACAAGCUUGUCUAUGUUGACCUCCUCCGGGAAGAGCCUGAUGCGAAAACUGAAGCCAACACGUCCAAACCCAGCUUCACAGCUGAGAGUGUCGGCCAGAGUGCUGAGCCCAGCAAACCCCCGGCUGAGCCGGCCCUGCAGCCCCACCGGGAUUUCAUCUCCCUCAGAGACGAGCUGGGGCGCAUCGGUGACUUCCACGAAGCCUAUGCUUUCAAACAGGCUCCGGGCCAGUCGGUUUUCAACUUAAGCAAGGAGAAUGUUCCAGCGGGAACCAACAAGGAGAACCUGGCGAUGCCAGUCUCCACUCCGUUCCUGGAGCCGACCCCGGGGAGCGAUGGCCCCGCGGUCACUUUCGGGAAAACCCAAGAGGAACCCAAACCAUUUUGCGUGGGCGGUGCCCCACCGAGCAUGGACGCCACCCCCACCUAUACCAAAGAUGGAGCUGAUGAGGCAGAAUCAACCGAUGGCAAAGUUCUGAAACCAAAGCCAUCUAAGCUGGCAAAGAGAAUCGCCAACUCCGCUGGUUACGUGGGUGACCGGUUCAAGUGCGUCACUACCGAACUGUAUGCCGAUUCCAGUCAGCUCAGCCGGGAGCAGCGGGCAUUGCAGAUGGAAGGAUUACAAGAGGACAGUAUUUUAUGUCUACCCGCUGCUUACUGUGAGCGUGCAAUGAUGCGCUUCUCAGAGUUGGAGAUGAAAGAGCGAGAAGGUGGCCACCCCCCAACCAAGGACUCCGAGGUGUGCAAAUUCAGCCCCACUGACUGGGAAAGGUUGAAAGGAAGUCAGGACAAAAAGCCAAAGUCGGUCACCCUGGAGGAGGCCGUUGCUGACCAGAACGACAGUGAGAGAUGCGAUUAUAGUGCCGGAAACAAACACGACCCCUUUGAAGCCCCAGAGGACAAAGAUGUUUCUGUGGAGAAAUAUUUCCUGGACCGGCAGCCGGUGAGCGAUCCCUCUGCCGACCAGGCCGCCCCAGACAUGCCACACAGCCCCACCCUCCGGGUGGACAGAAAGCGAAAGGUCUCAGGGGACAGCAGCCACACUGAGACCACUGUGGAAGAGCUCCCUGAGGACCCGCUGCUGAAAGCCAAGCGAAGACGGGUCUCCAAAGAUGACUGGCCUGAGAGGGAAAUGACAAACAGUUCCUCUAACCACUUAGAAGACCCACAUUAUAGUGAGCUGACCAACCUGAAGGUGUGCAUUGAAUUAACAGGGCUCCAUCCCAAAAAGCAACGCCACUUGCUGCACCUUAGAGAACGGUGGGAGCAGCAGGUGUCGGCAGCAGAGAGCAAACCUGGCCGGCAGGGCAGGAAGGAAGUGACCCAGGCAGCUCAGCCUGAGGUUGCUGCCCAGGGCAAUAACAUCUCCGAAGAGAAGCCUGGCAGGAAAAGGGCAGAAGCCAAAGGCAACAGAACCUGGUCGGAAGAGUCCCUCAAAUCCAGUGACAAUGAACAAGGCUUGCCUGUGUUCUCCGGCUCUCCGCCCAUGAGGAGCUUUUCAUCCACCAGUUUAACCGGCAGAAAGCAGAGUCAGCCAAGCUGUACGGCAGGCUCGAGGCUGCCUGCCAAACAGCAGAAAAUUAAAGAAAGCCAGAAGACAGAUGUGCUGUGCACGGACGAAGAGGAGGAUUGUCAGGCUGCCUCCCUGCUGCAGAGAUACCCCGACAACAGCGAGAAACCAUCCGGGAAGCGACUGUGCAAAACCAAACAUUUGAUCCCACAGGAGCCCAGGCGCAGCUUGCCACUGCCAGGGGACUACUACGUGGAGAAUGCCGAUGGCAAGGUGACCGUCCGGAGGUUCCGAAAGCGGCCCGAGCCCAGUUCUGACUAUGAUCUGUCACCGGCCAAGCAAGACCAGAAGCCCCUGGACCGUCUGCAGCCAUUGAUACCAGUUUCGCAUACGUCACAGCUGCCCCUCGCAAGCUCUCCGCCAGAGGCCACCCAGUCCCGCCCGAUGCCACCAGAAGCGCGGAGGCUUAUUGUCAAUAAGAACGCAGGCGAGACGCUCCUGCAGCGGGCUGCCCGGCUGGGCUACGAGGAAGUAGUCUUGUACUGCCUGGAGAAUAAAAUUUGUGAUGUGAACCAUCGAGACAACGCGGGUUACUGUGCCCUGCACGAAGCUUGUGCAAGGGGAUGGCUCAAUAUUGUACGACACCUCCUUGAAUAUGGCGCUGAUGUCAACUGCAGUGCCCAGGAUGGGACCAGGCCUCUCCACGAUGCCGUCGAGAAUGAUCAUUUGGAAAUUGUCCGCUUGCUCCUCUCCUAUGGUGCUGACCCCACCCUGGCGACAUACUCAGGUAGAACCAUCAUGAAAAUGACCCACAGCGAACUGAUGGAAAAGUUCUUAACAGAUUAUUUAAACGACCUGCAGGGUCGCGAUGAUGAUGACAGCAGCAGCAAUAGCAAUAGCAACAGUGGUGCCUGUUGGGAUUUCUAUGGCAGCUCUGUGUGUGAACCAGAUGAUGAAAGUGGUUAUGACGUUUUAGCAAACCCCCCCGGACCAGAGGACGAGGACGAUGAUGAUGACACCUGCAGCGACGUGUUCGAAUUCGAAUUCUCAGAAAGCCCCCUCUUGCCGUGUUAUAAUGUCCAAGUGUCCGUCGCUCAAGGGCCUCGGAACUGGCUGUUGCUUUCCGACGUGCUCAAGAAAUUGAAAAUGUCCUCCCGCAUAUUUCGCUGCAAUUUCCCAAACGUGGAAAUUGUCACCAUUGCGGAGGCUGAAUUCUACCGGCAAGUGUCAGCAAGCCUUUUAUUCUCUUGCUCCAAAGACCUAGAAGCCUUUAACCCUGAAAGCAAGGAGCUCUUAGAUCUGGUGGAGUUCACGAACGAGCUUCAGACUCUGCUGGGCUCAUCCAUGGAGUGGCUCCACCCCAGCGACAUGGGCUCAGACGACUGCUGGAAGUCAUCUCAGACAGCAGGCGGGAGUGGUUGCGCACAAAGCAAAACAGACCUGCAGAAAUAAUUGAACUGAAAGAGUGCUGGUGAGCCUGAAUUACAGGCAACGAGGAGCCCCCAAGAGCCCAAAUUAAAGCAAAGAAUAACAACUCCAA